AAGAAGAAGAAGAAGAAGAAGAAGAAGAAGAAGAAGAAGAGGAGGAGGCAGCAGCAUUUUGAGCUGCGCUGCAUGUCUGAACGCUGGUCUAUGAAUAAAGGAUGGAUGUGACAUCACACUACAGUGGCUCUGACAUCACUGAGAGUGGAGCCAAUAAGAAUGCGAUCCAAUCAGAAUGCAUCUCGAGCCAGCCAACAGCCAAUGGGACACUCCCACAUCCCAACACAGAUCCUCUUCCUGCAGAGGAGGCCCCUCCGCCGCUCUCUGAUAGGUCAGAGGAUGGUGACAGCGCUGAUGAUGUAACAGACAGCGCCACCACCAAUGACGUCGCUCGCCUCCUGCCCACCCAGCAUGCCUCUGCACUCCGCAAACAGAAAGGUGUGGACAGCUCAUCAGUGUCUCCUCCUCCCGUCUGCACUCCUCCUCUUCCUCCUCCUUCUCGAUCGUCCACCUGUAACAGACACAGCUGCAGCCUUCCUCAUCAUCAUCAUCAUGAUCAUCAUCGACACAGCACCAAUCAGAAGCGUCUCUCCUCCACGAGAAGCCACGCCUCCAUAAAGACGGACGCAACCCACAUUAAGGAGGUCGCUGGAGAUGAUUGUUGCGCUCACUGUCUCCUGGCCUGUCUGUUCUGCGAGGUGCUCUCCAUGUGUUCGGCUGUGGGGGAGUGUCUGGCGUGUGGAGUGGGCGGGGCCGGGUGUUGUGAAGAUGCGGUUGGCUGCUGUAUCUGCGUGGAGGUGUCGGGAGAGGCAGCCUGUACGGAGGAGGCAUGUCAGGCCGUGUUGGAUUGUGGGAUACUGGAGGACUGCUGCGGCUCGUCUGACUGCUUGGAGAUCUGUCUGGAGUGCUGCUCCAUCUGCUUCCCCUCAUAGAGCAGCCAUCAGAGAGGGACUACAAGAUGAUGUCAGAGCAUUGCCUGUUACCUGUAGACGGAGCCGCUUUGUCCUGCUGCUGAGAUGUCUUUGUUUGUUUGUUUUGUUUUUUUCCAUUGUCCACCUGUCCACAUGUCCAUCAGUCCAUCUGUCCACCUGUCAACAAAUUGUGAAAACUUGGGAACACUUUAUAAUAAAAGCACCAAUUAUAUAGUUCAUAGAUAUAUUAAUGGAUGAUCAAUGAACUGGAAUCAAUAAAUGAAUGUGUCACUAACGUGAUAAAUCAUCAGGUAAA